AUGUCCGAUGGCGUAGGUGAAUCUUAUCGAUUUCCCCCGAUCGACGGGCUGCAUGACCGAUGUUGUAAUAUAUCAAAUGAGAGAUGCAGGAGAGUGCCGCUUGAGUUCAUAAAGUCUCCAUCCCCUCGGUGUCCGUCUGCGAAACCUGCAAGUGCUUUUCUCUCUGAGUUGUCACUGCAUACUUAUGUUCUCGAACCUUUGAUUUACAAAGACUUUAUACCCCACCAACGUGCCUCCCGGAUCGCCACAGCUCACCGCCCUCCCACCGCUUGUUCCCCCACUCUUCUCCAGACUUUGUGCUUCAUAUCUGCGAAAGGACAACUGGGAUCAAACUAUCUAGGAUACCAACUGGGAUCAACCAAGAUUAAACUGGGGUUGAGUGCCUGUUUCGGGCUUGGUCUUUUCCCUGCUCGUUUCUGGUCCUUUUUUUUCUGGUCUAUCUCCUUGAUCCUUGAUCUUCUUUCAUUUCUCGCAUUUGCGCGGCUUUAUUUCUCUAUCGCUCUUUCAUCGCUCACACAGUUCUUUAGAACUUUUCUGUCACUAGGUGCCUUGUGCCUUGCGAUUGCGAUUGUCCCAAGACUCGUGGUGAUCUACACAGUCCUCUCAGUCCUCCCCUCGAUUGUCGACUCAUCUCGGCUUUAA